UGCUCCUCACAAUUUCCACCAAGGCCUCUAGGGGACGUGUUAGUUCCUAUUCUGCCUUCGUGGGUAGUGGUUUUAUUUUUUUUAUUUUGUCUUUGUUUUUUGUUUUUUGGUUUUUUGUAUUUGGGUUUUGUUUCUCGUUUUAUGUUUGUUUUGUGGGGGGUGUUUUUGUGUUUUGGUUUUUUUUUGUUUGUUUUGUUUUGGAGAGAGGGUCUUGCUAUAUGGCACUAGCUGAGUCAGACUUCAUUAUGUAGCUCAGGUAUCUUGGUUAGUCUGUUUGUCUGCUUUAUACAAGCUAUAGUCACUUGAAAAGAGGGAACCUCAAUUGAGAAAAUGCCCCCACCUGAUUGGCAUGUGAGCAAGCAAUCCCUUGGGGCUUUUUUUCCCAUCAUGCCUGGCUGGUGUUUUUUAAACCCAAACCAAUGAAAGCUGUAACUUUACUAGGUCUGAUGAUGCAUGCCUUUAAUCCCUGAGCUCAGGAGGCAAGGGCAGGUGGAUCUCAGUGAGUGUGAGGUGAGCCUGGUCUACAGAGUUUCAGGACACCCAGGACUUUCCCAUCUCAGCCACCCACUCACCAACCAACCAACCAACCAACCAAACACACACAAACAAUAGCCUAUUACUUCAUACAGCCCGUGCAGAAAGUCAGUUGAUUUUUUUUUUAAAUGUAAUCCGUCUUAGUGUGCUUCCCCUUUCUGUGACAGGAACAUCGUCUCUAAGCAGCUUUACAAGGGGAAGGGUUCUUUUUGGUUCUCAGUUGGGGAGAUUCUUGUCUACAGCUGCUUGGUUCUGAGGCAGCUCAUUUCCACAGAAGUCUUUCACCUCAUGGUGGCCAGGAUGCACAGAGAGGAGAAGGAGAGGUAAUGCAGAGAUGAAUAUGACCUUGAAGCUUCCACCUCCAGGGACAGUCCCUGACAUCAGUACUUCAGAAAACAGCAUGGAGCCUGCCAGUACCGCCUCCACCCUAAGCCUCUUGGUAGAUGCCCGGACCAGCAGCAGGAUGCAGCCUACAUCUCCCUUGUCCACAGGAACACCGUUUCUGGAUCCAGGGUCCAUGCUCUUCUGGGUGGCCAUGGUGGUGCUGCUGGUUGGCUCUGCCUCCUUCCUCCUGUGUUACUGGAAGGCCUGCAGGAGGCGGUUCCAGCGGAAGUUUCACCUGAACUAUCUACAGCAGACCUUCCAGCCCAAGAUGGAGCAGGUAGAUUCCUGUCCUACUGAAAAGCUAACUCAGCUGCAGAGAAGUGGGUCAGUGACAGAUUCCAGCGCUGGACACACGUUGAGCCCACUGAGCCCUCCAGCUGUAGAGACUGGUGCCAGUGUUGGAACCGCCUGCCUGGAGACCCUGCCGCUGCUGGAUGACAGCAUAACUGGGAACUCUUUUGCUCCCAGAGAACCUCCAGAGCCACGGGUAUCCACCGAACACACCAACAACAGGAUUGAGAAAAUCUACAUCAUGAAGGCUGACACAGUGAUUGUGGGCUCAGUAAAAACUGAAGUCCCUGAGGGCCGGGCUCCAGUAGGGUCUACAGAGUCUGAGUUGGAAGCUGAACUAGAAGUGGACCAUACCCCCCAUUACCCGGAGCAGGAGACAGAACCACCUCUGGGCAGCUGCACUGAGGUCAUGUUCUCCGUGGAGGAAGGAGGAAAAGAAGACCAUGAGCCCACAACUGUCUCUGAGAAGUAACACCCAAUGUUAGCGGGGGCUAGAGUACAGCUGAGUGUUCAGUUUGAGAUCAGGUUAAUACCUGGGAAGCUACCACGGCUUGAACUGAAGCCCCGGCAUCCAGGGUAGCACAGAAUGAAGCCUUCAGCUGCUACCAAGAACACUGGCCCCUGGACCCCAGCAGUGCGCACUCACCAUCAGGCUGUUGUCUACUGGGGGAGAAGCUACAGGUUGGGUUCCAAGCCUCCUUGCCCACACCCCUGUGCCCUGCCUUCUCUCCUUGGGUCUCAAGUGAUGGCUUUACUGACAUGCUACCAGCCUUCAGCUAUACACAUGGCUCCCUGGAACAGAACCAACACCUAAUUGCUUCUACUCCUGAGGAAGAGGGAAGUUAAAGGAUGAAUGCUCAUCAUCACUGGCACAAUGAUAGCCUGUGCCCAUCACACAGGGAGGGCGAAAUGAGACCCUUCUGGCAUGGCCUCCCUGUUCUGUGGACUCCCUCAGCAGCUGCAGUGAUCCCACCCACUAAAUGAUGCUGGAGACUCUACUUUGCCACAGGAGUUCCUGUCAUGUGGUGAUGGGAGUACUGUAGUCCUGGCCGUCCUUAACACAUUGUGCCUCUAUCUGUUCUGCCCUGGAAAUGAAGAAGCAUUGUCCCUAAGCCACCAGGAUCAGGCCUGACACCUAGGAGGUUGGAGCCUAUCUUUGAAGGCACCCUGCUGCUCACGCUGCUUGCCAUACCCUGCGCCCACUCUGAGGAGGCAGUGCUGCUGAACUUACCUGAAGUUCCGCUUUUAAUGUUUUGUUUUGUUUUUUUCCUUUCGAGGUACUGAGAAUUGAACCCAUGGCCUUGUGCAUGCCAGGAAAAGGUUGCAGGGCUGAUCAACCCCAGCCUAGCAUUUCAUACUAAGCACUAAAAGCUGCUGUCACUCCCAGCCUGGCUCACUCCCUGGCAUUUGCGUACUCUUGUAACAAACGAGCAGCCAACUGGAUGACACAUCUGCUCUGUGGCAGCCAGGGGACUCUGGACUUACCCUUGGGCCAGGCAGGGAGAAUUCUGUUUACUCACUAGCUGUUUGCUGUGUGGAGGAAGUUGGGACCCUGUCAAGAAUCACGAGGGGAGUUUCUGAAACUGCUUGAAUCUAUGGGGAAAAGUUGGAGUGGCUGAGUACCACCAGAGGCGUUAAAUCACAGUCUAGAUACUAGCCAGAAGGGAUGUGUGGGGGCUGGAUAGUUGCCCAUUUGUCUUGUGCAAGGACACAGUAGAUAUGUGGGCAUGCAUAGUGAUCCCAAAGCCAUGUCACAAUGACCACAUGGAUGCCACACUUUUGGAAGAUAUUGCCCAACUUUUUCUUCUUCUUCUUUUUUUUUUCUAAGAUCUUGUUCUGUAUCCUAGGGUAGAUUCGAACUUGAUAUGGCUGACCCUGAACCUGUGACCCUCCUAUCUUAACUUCCCAAGGAAGGACAGGCUUCAGCCACUAUGCCAGACUGCCACACAUUUCAACAAAGGGACAUAUUCCCUUGCAAAAGUAGCUCUUCACACAAUUUUUUGACCCUCUAAAAAUCCCUACGGGCCUGUAAAAAUUAAUGGAUUUGUGAGGCCGAAAACUGAUCAGAGAGAUGAGUAGUGGGAGGCCCUGAACACAAAGACUGUCAGGGGUCUGGUCUAUUCUCUCUAGACAGGGCUGUUCUCUUUGUGCAAAGCACCCACAGCCAAGGGCAGGAGCCCAUGACCAGCUGUGUGCCCUUUAAAUCUCUCCUUGUCCAUCUGGGCAGUCCCUUCUUCCCUGUUCAAGGCCUGCCCUCCAAGGAUGCUGGGAAUAAAGGAUCUCUGCUCACAA